AUGCAGCCACAAAUAGAUGAGGCAUUGAGUGAAGGUGAUCAAACCCGAGAGAUGGACAUUGAACUGGAGGAGUUCCCUUUGGCUAAAGUUGAGGCAGAGAAAGAAGAAGGAUGGGACGCUAAAGUUGAGGCAGAGAAAGAAGAAGGGAAGGGAGAGGAGGGAGGCAAAGAAGGUGAUCAAACCCAGGCCAUGGGCAGUGAACAGGAGCUAUGUGAUGUAAAAGUUGCUGAGGAUGUUCCCAAAAAGAAGAAGGGAAGGAAGAGGAGGGAGGGCGGCGAUGAUACUUUAAAAGUAUUUGUUAGUGGGCUACGGGCAAAGAGCCAAAGAACAACAAAGAAGCCCAAGUUCUUAGAAUCUCCCUUCCAAACUGAAUUGCCAAAGAAGGGAAGGAAAGGGAAGAAAGGUGUCGUUGUGGUGGGAGACGACGACGACAAGGGGGAGAAGGAUGAGGGGAAGCCACUUGCUGUUUCACACCUCGGUAGGAGUACAUCUGUUGCAGAGCUAUGGAAAAGGGAAAAAAGUGAAGAGGAAAAAAAAUUAUUAGAGACGUUGAAUAUGGGCAUUCCUUCUUCACAAGACUUUGAUGUCAGGCUACCGGGAACAAUCAACGAAGGCUUUUACCAUAAUUUCACCGUUGAGGACAUUCCUGAUGUGUUGGCUGAUGAGAACAAGUGGCUUCAACAUUUUCUUACAUUGAAAGUUGACAAUCGGUUAUGUUUUGAGGUUGAAGGCCACACUAUAUGCAGAUAUGAUAUGCUACAUCUUCUACGUGGUGGAAGAUUAAAGGAUGAGAUCAUUGAAGCUCUGGUUGCAAGUCUUCGAACAUGGCUCAAGCUGCCAAUAAAUGCCCAUGUCGAAAGAAAAUACGCUAUUGUCACGUCGUAUUUUAGUAUUUGGUUGCUAACUGCUUCAAAUUUGGAUGAGCGCAAUGUCUAUAAAAAUUACAUAAAGAAGCAUAUAGAUGAAGGGAAGGAUGUGUUGAUAAUUCCAAUAUGUCACGCUGACCAUUGGCAUGUCCUUGAGGUCAACUUGGGGCAAAAAAAAUGCAGACAUUACAGCUCCGCUGACCACGAGGCAUGGGCUAGAGACAUGUUGACCAUCCAACUUUUUUUAGAUAGGAUGUACAUUCGGACAAUUUUUGAGGUUGAAGACCACACUAUAUGCAGAUAUGAUAUGCUACAUCUUCUACGUGGUGGAAGAUUAAAGGAUGAGAUCAUUGAAGCUCUGGUUGCAAGUCUUCGAACAUGGCUCAAGCUGCCAAUAAAUGCCCAUGUCGAAAGAAAAUACGCUAUUGUCACGUCGUAUUUUAGUAUUUGGUUGCUAACUGCUUCAAAUUUGGAUGAGCGCAAUGUCUAUAAAAAUUACAUAAAGAAGCAUAUAGAUGAAGGGAAGGAUGUGUUGAUAAUUCCAAUAUGUCACGCUGACCAUUGGCAUGUCCUUGAGGUCAACUUGGGGCAAAAAAAAUGCAGACAUUAUAGCUCCGCUGACCAUGAGGCAUGGGCUAGAGACGUGUUGACCAUCCAGCUUUUUUUAGAUAGGAUGGUGAGUGGUUUCGAUCAGGCGUCAACAUUCAGAGCAUUCCAAUAUGAAGCAGUCCCUUGUCGAACGCAAAAAGGCUCAUAUGAUUGUGGCAUACAUGCGUAUUUUUUCAUUAAGGCGAUCCUCGAGGGAAGGGAGGUGAUGGACAUUGAAGUCUUGCACAGGGAGUCGCAUAUGCUACGGGCUAGACUUGCUGCUCAAAUUAUAUGUGAAGGGCGUGAAUGGAAAAAGCUACGGUUGAAAUUAGACAGUGAUGAUCCAGAAUAUCUAUUGUACUUCGGGGGUAGUGAUGCACCUAUGAUUGAGUGGAAGUAUUAG